CGACGCCCAAACAAGCAGCAAGGUCCGAGAAUGGACCCCCGGCCCCCGCCGCCCGAUUGCUCCAGCAUGGACGCCCCUUGCUGCAUGUGUCCCCCCUGCCUCUUCACGCCCAAAGCCGCCGAGCCCCUGCAGGACCUGUGGAAGCUCUCGGACGAGCCCAGGAGGAGGUUCGUCGUGGGGGUUCUGCUGCGCUGCCGCAGCGUGCCGGUCCUGGAGAACCUGCAGACGUCCCUGCGCCUCACCUCCUGGAACCUGCUGAGCUACUCGCAGUCCAAGAGGCAAACCUUGCCCGAGUUUUACGCGCGUCUGGACAAGAAGGCGCAGCCUGCGCCUCUGGUCAGAGACAUCUGGUACUGGUUCGACACCAGCCCGGACUCGGUGCAGCUUCGGUACCUCUGCCACCUGUUGCUGCAGUGUGACCCAGAACUGCUCAGCAUGGCCAAGCAUCUGAUCGGCGUGGUCGUGGUCAGACUCAAACGACAGCUGGAGGAACAAACUAAAGUGUGCAGCCCUGAUGGUGACAGCGAUGAAGACCCGCACGAUCCGGUCGUCACCUUCGCAAAGUCCACACCCGAGCCCGUCAAAAACCGCGACAUCUUGGGCAGUCUUCCUGCAGACCUGUCCAAGAGGAUUUUGGCCCUGAUGGACGAGCAGAUGCUGAAGCGUUGCAUGAAGGUCUGCAAGUACUGGAAGCGCCUGGCGGGGGAGACCAUGGAGGAAAUACGCUUCCGGAAGGCCUACGUGGAGCAGGUGGAGGCUAUGAUGAAGCGCUACAGGGGCGUCAAGUUAGUCAACCCUUCCUACGCCAGGAUGAUCGAUGUUCUGGUUCCAGCCCAGGACAAGGACCAGGACCAGGACCAGGACCAGGACCAGGAGUCCGCUUGCAGACGUCUGAAGAAGUGGCCUUUUCAUGCGGCCUACACCAACAUGAGGACCAGCACCGUCCGCAUGGAGGAGAGGAACGUCUACUGUGGAGCUUACUUCACCUGUGUGCUGCUGGACGAAGAGGACCCCCACAGGGUGGUGGACUUCAGAGGCGGUCCCUUCCUGAGCACAGCGUCCAAGGACCGCACGGUGCGUCUCUACUAUGUGGCGUCUGAGGCCAAACAUGUGGCGCUGAUGAAAGGUCACGUGGGGAGCAUCCGUGUGGUUUUACUCUGUCCUGACAGGGAGCUCGUCAUCACCGCCAGCUGCGACUCCAGCAUCAGGUGUUGGAGCGUGCGGACGGACCAGUGCGUGUUGGUGCUCUACGGCCACUCCAGCACGGUCAACUGCCUGGACAUCCACGCCGACAGACUGGUGUCCGGGGCCAAGGACUGCACCGUCAAAGUGUGGAGUCUGCAGACGGAGAAGCACCUGGAGGAGUUCAACUUCAAGCACCGCAAGUCGGUGCGCUGCGUGAAGAUCAACGCCACCACCGUGUUCAGCAGCUGCGACCGCGGCGUGGUCAAGCUGUGGGACGCCGAGAACGCCACGCUGCUCAGGACGAUCAACGCCCACGGCCACCCGGUGAGAUGCAUGUUUGUGGACCGCUGGCACCUUCUGACCGCCGACACCAACGGGCAGGUGAUGGCGUGGAGCAGCAGGGGUGACGCCGAAGGUUGUCUGAUGACCUUCAGCCAUCCCAAGGAGGUGAAGUCCAUGGCGCUGGCCUUCCUCAGAGUGAUCACGGGCUGCGUGGACGGCAAGAUCCGCAUCUUCAACUUCCUGACGGGCGAGUGUCUGAGGAGCGUGAUGGUGGAGGCGGAGACGGGCCGCAUCCUGUCGCUGCACUUCAGCGAGAACAACAUUCUAGUCAACGCCACUUCCUGCGUGAAGCUCUACCACUUCGCCAAAGUCUUCUGGGACUACGCCGAGCCGGCGGAGGCCGGAGAGGAAGCCCCGGAGGUCGCCGCCAGCGCCGCCUCCUCGCCUCGUCACUCCACCCAGCCGAAGGGCGAAGGUCAAGAGCAACGCAGAGGUCUUCCUCACUCGUCAUCAUCGUCACGCUACAAGGAGGACGUCGGCAGCGCCAGGACGCACUUUUUGCCCAAAACGCUGAAUCCCAACUCCAGACGACCGUCGGAAGGAACGUACGCAGGCGGAAGAGGGCACAGGAAGACCGUGUGAUUCAAUUAAACAAAAAAAAAAGAAAAAAAAAAAGGGACAAGCGGUAGAAAAUGAAUUAAAAAAAAAAAAAAAAAAACUAACUUCAUGACUACGUCAGAAGAGCAUAAUCAUAGCGAUGUUGUCAGAAGACGCCCCCUUGUGGCGAAGGGGCAGGCAGCACA